AUGGCCCAAAUAAUCUCUUACUUUGUUCGCCGCAAAAACCAGCGGAGAGGACAAACCAAACACGCGCCACAGCACAAGCCACAGCACCAGACAGAGCACAGGCCACGGGAAGCGACCGGGGGCAGGAAGGGGGGCACCGCAGGGCCAGAGGAAGGGGGAGAGACAACCCGGGGGCGAAGGAGGCCAAGGACAGGGGGGGAAGCAGAGGGGCGCCACCAACGGGGAGGAAAGGGGAAAAAGGGGGGGGCACGGGAGGGGCCACAGGAACGGGAGGAGGGACAAGGGGAGGGGACCGACGGGCCACCAACGGGGGAGAGAGGGCGGGCACGGAGGGGAAAGGGAGGAGGGACGAGAGGCACGACGGGCGCCACCCACGGGGGAGAGGAGGGCGGGCACGAGGGGAAACAGGAACGGGGACUAGGAACGGGGGAAGAGGGGAGAGAGGGGAGGGCAACGACGGGCGCCACCAACGGGGGAGAGCAGGGCGGGCAAGAGGGGACACAGGAAAGGGGGCAGAGGCAGCGGGGCGGAGGAGAGGGGAGUGCAGCGAAAAGGGGCCACUCAAACGGGGGAGAGGAGGGCGGGCACGAGGGGGCAAGGAACGGGGACGAGGGACGAGAGGGGAGGGCACCGACGGGCCCACUUCCAACGGGGGAGAGGAGGGCGGGAACGGAGGGGGAAAUUACUUUUCUAGUCAUCUGUUAA